AUGCGAAUGGGAAAAGCAAGGAUCAACGUUGAGACAUCAAUCUCGGAAAGGGUUGACAUACCAAGUUUGAACGAUCUCCCUGGCGACGUCACACACCGCAUCACACCAACACCACACUCACUAUCUCUGGUGUCUCACAAACAAAGUUCAAAUAUGAUGAUUUUUUCGUUACGGCUGUUUCUAGUUCUGGUGCUCGCAGCGCUAUCGCGCAAUACUGCUACUGCUACGGCUGCAGUAUGUGCGAAUGAAGAAGCAAAGGAUGUGACGAUUCCUAUGUUGAUGGAUGCUACAAUCGAAGAUUUAAGCAGCGGCCUAGCCCAAGGAGCUUUUUCGAGUGGAGAUCUUGUUAAGGCGUACUUUGCGCGUAUAAGCCAAGUCAAUGAUGCGUUGAGACCAGUCCUUGAAAUGAAUCCUGAUGCUCUGUCUGAUGCCUCAAUAUUGGACCAAGAGCGCUCUCAGGGGAAAAUCCGUGGCGCACUGCACGGGAUUCCCAUACUCAUCAAAGACCUUAUUGGCACUGGUGAUAAGAUGAACAAUACUGCGGGAUCAUACGCUCUCCUUGGAGCCCGAGUACCGCGCGAUGCCACUGUUGUGUCAAAAUUAAGAGAGGCUGGUGCUAUCAUUCUUGGAAAAACUGCUGUAUCUGAAUGGGCAAAUCUUCGGUCUCUGAAUUCGAGUAAUGGGUGGUCUGCAAGGAGUGGUCAGGUUACCACAGCGUAUGUCGCGCAGGGUGACCCGUCCGGGAGUUCGAGUGGAAGUGCGGUAGCUGCUGCUCUUGGUCUGAGCUUGGGUGCAUUGGGAACGGAGACAGAUGGGUCAUUGGUGCUUCCCGCUUCCUACAACAACAUUGUUGCUAUCAAACCUACUGUUGGACUGACAUCAAGAUACAUGGCCAUACCAAUCAGUCCGCGUUCCGACACCAUAGGGCCUAUGACCCGAACCGUCAAAGACGCCGCCUACAUUCUGCAAGCCAUAGCCGGCCUCGAUCCAAACGACAACUAUACAUCCGCCAUCCCACACAAGGAAAUACAAGACUACAUCGCUGCAUGUAACGCCUCCUCAUUGUUCGGCUCCAGAAUAGGUGUUCCUCGCCAUGUCCUCACCCUCCUCGCUACAAACACUACUGUUCCCAUGACCAACGCUUUUGAAAAUGCCCUAGACCAUCUCCGCGCCCACGGCGCAACCAUAGUAGAAACGAGCUUCCCUUUAGCAGAAGAAUUUCUCGCCUCGUCCCUCUCCUCCACUGUCAUCUUCGCAGACUUCAUCUCCAGCCUCCCGACCUACUUCUCCCAGCUCUCUCCCAAUCCACACGACAUACAAUCCCUGUCCGACCUGCGCAACUUCACGCAGAACGAUGAAAGAGAACAAUAUCCCGAUCGUGACACAGGGCUUUGGGACCUCGCGCUCCAACAGGGCUGGAAUAACUCUGAUCCCCGCUUCUGGACCGCCUACCAGCGGGUUCUCACAUUUGGGAGUGAAGGUGGCAUACUCGGCGCACUGGAACGGGAUGGCCUGGAUGCUGUUGUGCUGCCAUCUGAAUUCGCACCGCAUUGGGCUGCAAUUGUAGGCUCACCAAUCGUGUCGGUGCCAUUAGGUGCAUAUCCAGAUGGAACACCGAUUGAAAAAAACAGUAGGGGGCUAGUGGUUGCUGGACCUGGUGUACCAUUUGGGUUGAGUUUCAUGGGUGCAUUGUGGUCUGAAACGACGCUGAUUGGGUUGGCGUAUGCAUUUGAACAAAUAAGUAUGGCGAGGGGCGUGGUGAAGCCGUAUAUUUCCCCGAGUAUUGAGAUCGAGGAUGUAGUUGGGCGUGGUCGGUCUUUGUAG